UAAGGCCCUAAAGAAUAAAGAAAAACCCUAAAAUGGAUAAGGUUGGUCGUACGGUCUGACACCCGUACGAUUGGCAGUACAAUGUGGCAGAACGGUAUUGACGCGUGGAAAUUGUGUAACGGAUCACCCGGACCAACGGCCACGAUCAAACGGACCAACGGCCACGACCAACUCGGCUAUGGAGAAGCCGGACCAAAUGAUGCCCUUCCUUUGCUUCGGUUCAAGCACUCCUCCGGUUCAGAACGAAGGUCUUUGUGCACGUGCUUGUCCCUUUGUUCCCUCGGUCUCCGGUCUUACCGAUUUAACAUAUAUCCGAUUUUUACCGUAUACAAUAUGUAAGGCUUCGAUAAGUAUUGCGUAUUAUCUUCAGUUUUUUCUUAAAUUCUUUGCUAAUCUUCUCUCUUCUUCACCAAACAAAUAAGCUUCUUUAGUCCUCCUUCAGUGUGUCCACUUCUUCCGUUUGUUGGUGAUGAAUAAAAAGUUCCUUUUUUUCCAAGUCAAACAUGCAGAUACACAAAUAAUAACACAAAAAAGGAAUCCCUCAAACCUAGAGUUUGCUUAAACAAUUCUCUACACAAUAGAAGCAAGAAGUGCAAAAAUCGCAGAACAAAGGAGCUUUUUUUCUGCCUUCUUUAUUUUCGCUUCUUUUUUUCUCUCGGUGUAAAAUUGGAGAAAAAUUCUACGCAUUUUCAUUCUUGAAUUCCUUCUUCUGUAUUCAUAGCUUGUUUUUUGAGGCACAGUUUUCUUUUCAAUAGUACUCCAAAACUCAUUUCACAAAAUUCCCUCUUACUUCUUUGCUUUCUUUAGCACAUAGCAUAAAGUGCUUCUUUGGAUGUUCUUGUGUACAGAUACACUUGAGUUAUUUACAGAACAUUUGGAGAAUCCAUAGAGAAAAGAAGAGAGAUAUAUAUAGCUUUCAUGAAUUUUGGGAGUUCACUCGAUAACAGUACUGGUGAUGGUGGUGGUGCAACAAGAAUCGUUACCAAUAGCAACAAUAACAACAUGAUGUCAAUGACUAGUACAAUUUCUCAUCAGUCACUUGCCAAGUCCAUGUUCAAGUCUCCUGGACUCUCUCUUGCACUUCAAACAGGAAUGGAAGGCCAGGGUGAAAUUGCAAGGAUGCCUGAUCGAGAGAACUAUGAGGCUAAUAAUAAUAAUAGUGUUGGUAGAAGAAGCAGAGAGGAAUUAGAGCAAGAAAUUAGCAGAUCUGGAAGUGACAAUUUGGAGAGUAUUUCUGGGGAUGAUGAAGAUGUUGCUGACAAACCGCCAAGAAAAAAGAAAAGAUACCACCGACACACUCCUCAACAAAUUCAAGAACUUGAAGCGCUCUUUAAGGAGUGUCCUCAUCCUGAUGAGAAACAAAGGUUGGAAUUGAGUAAAAGACUUUGCUUAGAGACGAGGCAAGUUAAGUUUUGGUUCCAAAAUCGUAGAACACAAAUGAAGACUCAACUCGGACGCCACGAAAAUUCGUAUUUACAACAAGAGAAUGAUAAACUUCGAGCUGAAAACAUGUCUAUAAAAGAGGCUUUAAGGAACCCAAUUUGCACAAAUUGUGGUGGUCCAGCAAUAAUUGGUGAAUUAUCUUUGGAAGAGCAACAUCUUCGGAUUGAAAAUUCGAGGUUGAAAGACGAACUCGAUCGAGUUUGUGCACUUGCUGGCAAAUUUUUAGGCCGGCCCAUUUCAUCUUUUCCAGCAAGUGCACAAACUCCUGAUUUCGGUGUAGGGAUUUCAAAUUCUUUGUCAGUUUUGCCUCAUACGAGACAAACAACCGGCUUUGAAAUGUCAUUUGAAGGAUCUAUGUAUUUGGAACUUGCUUUGGCUGCUAUGGAUGAAUUAGUAAAAAUGGCACAAAGUGAUGAUCCUCUAUGGGUAAGGAGCAGGCAAGGUGGCGGAGAAGCAUUGAAUCAUGAGGAGUACAUGAGGACAAUUGGUACUUGUAUUGGUUUGAAACCAAAGAAAUUUGUUUCUGAGGCUUCUAGGCAGACUGGUAUGGUAAUCAUCAACAGUUUGGCUCUUGUUGAGACAUUAAUGGACUCGAACAAAUGGGCAGAAAUGUUUCCUUGUUUGAUUGCCAGAACAUCAACUAUAGAUGUGAUAUCAAGUGGUGUUGGGGGAACCAGAAAUGGUGCUCUUCAGCUGAUGCAUUCUGAACUCCAAGUGCUUUCACCAUUAGUACCAAUCAGAGAGGUCAAUUUUCUCAGGUUUUGCAAACAGCAUGCUGAAGGGGUUUGGGCUGUUGUUGAUAUUUCCAUCGAUACAGUAAGAGAAACUUCUGGUGUAGCGACAUUUCCAAAUUGCAGGAGGCUACCUUCUGGCUGUGUAGUGCAAGAUAUGCCCAAUGGCUAUAGUAAAGUUACAUGGGUAGAACAUGCAGAAUACGACGAGAGUGUGGUUCAUCAACUCUACCGUCCAUUGAUCAGUGCCGGCAUGGGGUUUGGUGCACAAAAAUGGGUUGCGACACUCCAACGCCAGUGUGAAUGCCUUGCAAUCCUCAUGUCAUCUGCUGUGCCAUCGAGGGAUCACACAGCAUUAACUCCAAGUGGAAGGAGGAGCAUGUUGAAGUUAGCACAACGUAUGACCAACAACUUUUGUGCUGGUGUUUGUGCUUCCUCCAUACACAAGUGGAACAAACUUUGUGUAGGAAAUGUGGACGAGGAUGUUCGAGUUAUGACCCGAAAGAGUAUUGAUGACCCCGGGGAGCCACCGGGGAUUGUAUUAAGCGUGGCAACGUCUGUUAGGUUGCCUGUUUCCACACAAAGACUCUUCGAUUUUCUUCGUGAUGAAUGGUUGAGGAGCGAAUGGGAUAUUCUUUCAAAUGGCGGUCCUGUUCAAGAAAUGGCACAUAUUGCUAAAGGCCAAGAUCAUGGCAACUGCGUCUCCCUACUCCGUGCUAGUGCUUCCAACGAGAGCCAAAGCAGCAUGUUAAUUCUUCAAGAGACUUCCACAGACGCAUCAGGGUCGCUUAUAGUAUAUGCGCCAGUUGACAUACCUGCAAUGCACUUGGUGAUGAACGGUGGAGAUUCAUCUUACGUGGCACUGCUCCCUUCAGGGUUUUCCAUAGUACCAGAUGGGCCCAUGUCUCAUGGGCCUAAUAUGAUUAAAAGUCUUCGUGAUGGGCCUAAGGACCCAGACCAGAGAAUUCGGAUUCUUCGAGUUCGAGGGUAGAUUCGACGACGUCGGCAUCCCCUUCACUGCACCCACAAAAGGUUAGUACGAUUUUUUUCCUUUCAAUUCUGAAGUUUCGAGUAUAUUCGCGUGUUUGUUUCAGGGGGUUGAAUGUUAGUUUAUAACUUGUAGUUAUGCGUGUUCAGAUUUGUUUAGUUUUGGGUUUUGCUUUUAAGGAUGUUUGUAUGUUUACGUUUUAAUUCAGUUCGGGCUUUGUAGUUUAAUAGUUGUUAGAAUUUAUAUGUUUAUGCCUUAGCUAUGUUGGGUUUUGUUUUCAAUUUUUGACAGCAUUUAGAUGUUCAUAUGGGCCAGUUUUCUGAAGUUAGUCAAUCAUAGUCUAAUCUUACUCAGUGAUUUUCAUGCCUGCUUAAUGUGUUAAUCAUGUCGUUUGAUUGUUAGUUGAUAUGUGUUAGGCAUCAAACUUGCUUACGAUUAAUAUGUGUCCUGUUUUGAAGAGUAUGAUAAAAUCAUAUUUAGUUAACGAUGCUUUCACGAAUGCAAAUCUGGUUAACGGAGCUGUUUGGUGUGUUAAUAAUGUUAUUACCCCAGUUUAAGUAUGCAUAUCUUGAAUUUAGUCCUGUCCAGGUUUUUUUUUUGGUUUAUUGAAAAAUCCAAAUUUGUUGGCAAAAGGGUUCUGUAGAGUCAAUAUAUGAUCAUGAUAUGAUUUGUGUGACCAAACUUAUCCUGUAUGCUCAAGAAUUAAGAUUGAAAGGGAGCUGUGAGUCAUCAUAGUAAAAAAAAAAAAAAGAUUUGCAAAUAAUUUAUGCUCAGUAUGAUAUCCUCUAAUUCCCCUCCUCAUCUCAGUUUGUCUAUGCUUAACAAAUCAGUUUCUGAAAUCCUUUAAAAUGUUCCACACUUGGCUGUUGGUUUGUUGGCAAUUAUUUUUAUUUCUGCCCAGAGUUUGUUUGAUUAAACACGUGCAGUGCGUUUAAAUUUAGUUCAUGUUUCUAUUUAUGUAAGAUCAUAUUGACGUUCAUGCAAUAUGUUUUUACUUCUGAUAUGUCGAUGAAUCAUGAAAACAGACGUUACACUUGAACUGUUACUCGUUGCCAUUACCACGAAUUAUUGCUCUUUGGCUGAUGAUAUGCUCUCUGACUGAACCACUAUUAUAUUUGAGAUGUUUUCCUAUAUCGUUGCUUCGUCACUGUUUGUCGUGGCUGCCCUUCAUUAAACACCUGCUGUCAGAUAGGCCACUGAUGGGCUGUUGUUAUGUUUUCUCUGGGAAACAAAAUGUUACCUAAAAAAAAGGGGAAAUAAGCUUCUCCUCGCUAGAAACAAACAAAUUGGUUUCUCUGUUAAAAGCUGUUGUUUUGGCUUUGGAUAUUAUGAGGUUAAACGUUGUCUAUUACCUGAUGGAGUUGAUCACCUUCUUUCUCAUUUCUGUUUUCAUAGUGUUUUCAUAGCAGCCCUCGUUUGGUUUGAAAUCUGUUGAAUUGUACCACCUGCCACUGUGGUUGAAACAUGUUUUCUGCUAUAAUUAGUUGCCGGUUCAGAGUGAUAUAUUCUUAGUUGUCAUUUUGUUAUUCAAAGCUGCAUUGUUGUUUGUUCACUGUUAUGGCUCUGAUCCUAGUAACUGCUGUUUUUUUUUUCUAAAGAUUGGACCGUAUGCUUCUGAAGCUCCACAAUACUUUCUUUCUCCUCCCCCUUUUUUUUUGAUUGACUAUGUAUUUAUACAUAAGAUAUGCCAAAUAUACACAGCAUAUCCAUAGUCCAUUGAUUUCCUUUGAGUUAUAUCUUACAUGUUUGACUUUAUUUAUUGAUCGUGUACUAAUCUUCCCUUUCUUUUGUGCAUGAACAUCGCAUACGAGUCCCUCGGACUCAUCACUCCUUCCGCAUUCGGUGUUGGGCCAAAGCCCAACAAUAUAAUGCUCUCUCUGCCCAGUCUUCAGUCCACAGCAAAGUAGAAAGUCACUGGGCCAAAGCCCAUACAGCAGUAACGGAUUGCUAUGGCUUUAAAAUGGGCCGACCCAUUUGAUUUUCCUUCCUCUCUAUUUUAGUUCGUCAUACAUUUUGAUUAGCUUUGUACAACUAACACUUUGUUUUAUUCUAUCUGUCAGCUUAAGUACAUUAUAAGAGAAUUUAGUAGGUUUUAGCUGUUAGCAAUGGGUAGUUAAUUUAAGGAAAACUAAUAAUUAGUUUCAUAAGUUUCUUUCUUUCCUUUUUAUAUUAAAUUAUUUAUAGUAUCUAUAAUAUCUACUUUUAGAAU